UGAACCACAAUCUUCAGAUAUCAGCCUCCUGAGUAGCUAUGAUUAUAGGCAUGAGCCAUUGCCCUCCCCCCACCUACACCCACACCCACUUCCAGAUAAUUUUUGUUACUUUGUUCCCAUUCCUAGCCUGGGCACACAAAAACGGGGUCCUACAGUUUUUUGUCCAAAGGAGCAUGUGUAGUUGGCUAAAAGAACUACACACUGGGAAAGAAAUAGCAAAGAAAUAGAAGUUGUUAGUGAUUCAUAGGCAUUAGAUGAAAAGCCCCAUGAUGUGUCACCAGUACCCUCCUUCCUGGUACUAUUUCAAGGACAUCCUGUUUCUUGCCUCCAUCCCUCUUUUUCUCCCAGGCUGUUUGUCCCACUGCUGGUCCUCACCUCUCACCCAGCUGGCACCUGCUCAACAGAGCUCCCUUCCUCCUCUUGCAGGCCCUCCCAGGCUGGCUUAGAUCCCCUCUUGAGUCCUUAGCACCCACAAAGGCUGCAUUCCACAGUGAUACUGGCUCCUCAGCUACAGUCUCACCUCAGGUGGACAGGUUCUGGUCAUGUAUAUGUCCAGUGUCUGACAUGGAAACAUAGAGUUGCUAAUUUGGACAUGGUGAGGAGAAAUGCUUUUGUACAUCAGGAAAGAGCCGGGAAAAGAUUCUAAUCCUUUUGGUGAAAAAUAAUGAGAGUGCUGAAUGGAUUCCCUUGCUUCAACAUUAAUCCCUGUUUCUGGGUAUGCGUUUCUGGUGCAGGCUCAUCUGUCCCGGGCUUCUGUCACCUGAUACUCAUCUGUGAGUUGAGGGCCUGAUUCCCUUCCCAUUGAGUAAAUUUGUUUUUUGGAGACUAGAAGGCAGAGCCAUCUCUCUGAAGAUGAACUCAACAGGCGCCCUCCAGGAUGCCCCCAAUGCCAGCUGGCUGCAGGCGGCUCCCUCCCCGGCAGGAAACAGCACCUCUCUCCAGGAGCUCAUCCACAGGGCCACCUUGGUGACCUGCACCUUCCUGCUGGCCGUCAUCUUCUGCCUGGGCUCUUAUGGCAACUUCAUCGUCUUCUUGUCCUUCUUCGAUCCAGCCUUCAGGAAGUUCAGAACCAAUUUUGACUUCAUGAUCCUGAACCUGUCCUUCUGUGACCUCUUCAUCUGUGGGGUGACCGCUCCCAUGUUCACCUUUGUGUUGUUCUACAGCUCAGCCAGUAGCAUCCCCGAUGCUUUCUGCUUCACCUUCCAUCUCACCAGUUCAGGUUUUAUCAUCAUGUCCCUCAAGAUGGUGGCGGUCAUUGCUCUGCACCGGCUGCGGAUGGUGUUGGGGAAGCAGCCCAACCGUUCCGCCUCCUUUCCCUGCACCCUGCUCCUCACCCUACUUCUCUGGGCCACCAGUUUCACCUUGGCCACCUUGGCUACACUGAGAACCACGAAGUCCCACCUCUGUCUUCCCAUGUCCAGUCUGAUGGCGGGAGAAGGGAAAGCAGUUCUGUCCGUCUACGUGGUGGACUUCGCCUUGUGCGUGGCUGUGGUGUCGGGCUCGUACAUCAUGAUCGCGCAGGCGCUGUGGAAAAACGCGCAAGUGAGAAAGUGCCCUCCGGUCAUCACAGUGGACGCAUCCAGGCCCCAGCCUUUCAUGGGGGCCCCCGGCAAGGGCGGUGGGGAGUUGGUCCAGUGCUCUGUGCCGGCUCUGUACAGGAACCAGCUUUACAAUAAACUGCAGCACGCUCAGAUGCACGGAUAUCCGAAGAGUCCCAACCAGCUGCCCACCCCCGCCGCCAGCAGACUGCAGCUGGUGUCGGCCAUCAACCUGUCCGCGGCCAAGGACUCCAAGGCUGUGGUCACUUGCGUGGUCAUUGUGCUGUCCGUCCUGGUGUGCUGCCUUCCCCUGGGGAUCUCCUUGGUGCAGGUGGUUCUGUCCAGCCACGGCGGUUUCAUCCUGUACCAGUUCGAGUUGUUUGGCUUCACCCUGAUCUUCUUCAAGUCGGGGCUAAACCCUUUUAUCUACUCCCGCAACAGCGCCGGGCUGAGGAGGAAGGUGCUCUGGUGCCUCCAGUACCUCGGCCUGGCCUUCUUCUGCUGCAAACAGAAGACUCGACUUCGAGCCAUGGGCAAAGGGAACCUGGAAGUGAACAGAAACAAAUCUUCCCAUCAUGAAACAAACUCGGCCUACAUGUUGUCUCCUAAGCCACAAAAGAAGUUUGUGGACCAGGCUUGUGGCCCGAGUCAUUCUAAGGAGAGUGUGGUCAGUCCCAAAAUCUCUGCGGGACACCAGCACUGCGGUCAGAGCAGCUCGACCCCCAUCCACACUCGCAUCGAACCGUACUACAGCAUCUACAACAGCAGUCCUUCACAGGAGAGCAGCCCCCAGAAGCUGCAGCCUGUCAGCUCCUUCGGAUUUGCCAGCUCCUACAUCGCCAUGCAUUACCACACCACCAACGACCUCAUGCAGGAGUAUGACAGCACUGCGGCCAAGCAGAUUCCAGUUCCUUCUGUGUAAAGCCAUGCUACAGGACGCUGGUUUCCAACAACCGAUUGAUUUUUUUGCUUGUUUUGGGAGGGUUUUUUUUUUUGUGUGUGUGUGUGUGAGGUCAAUGCCUGACAAAGACUUAAAGCUUCAGUAAGAGUUGUCAGUUAGGAUUUUCUUCUGUCGCAAGUAUGAAAGCAUCUGGCUUUGCUGUGUAGAUCCUUGACAUUUUAAGAUGUGAUGUGAAUGUUUAUUUAGAUAUGUGUCCUGACUUGCGGCCCGAUCUUCUGUACUGAAUCUUUAAAUAGAUACCAAGAAUGAUGAUACAACUGCUUUAAAGUAGGAAUGGGAGCGAUUGUUCAAGCCUUGAGUCAGUGUUACCAAUCUUCCAAGCAAACCUUGGAUGGAACUUUUUAAAGGAAUUUGAAAGUUUGAUCCUUGCCGAAGUAUUAUUUUUAUAAAAAGUAAAAACUGAUUCUUUGAGGUACUGAAGUAGGGAAUAAUACACAUUUUUUUCUGCUACCAGGUUGAUUUGGAUAAAUAAUAUUGUUACCAUCAGAAAUGUAUUGCCUAUACUUAUGUCCUUACCAAAAAAAUACUUAACACAUGAAAUACUUUC